AUGGCGCAGCUGGCGGCGAACGCGUACCGGUGGUCGUUCGCGCCCGUGAAGGAGGUGGCGGGGUGGCGGCUGGCGGAGAAAGUUCCGCCCGUUUCGCCGAUCGACGGCGGCAUGCACGCGCUCGUGUUCGAGGAGGACACGCCAUGCAACGAGGCAGGGCGCGGUUCAGAGGGCAGCGCAGCAGCCGAGGGAGAUGCAGCAGCAAAAGAGGGGACGUUGCCAGGCGGGGGCCCAAUGACAGGCGGAGCAGGAGGUGAUCAGCAGCGGCAGCAGCAGGCGGACCUGUGCGCGGAUCACCUGCUGUGGGGGGACCCCUCCGCGCCUCCCCCUGCCUUCUGCGCGCUCUUCCCCCCCGCCACCCUUGACUACUACUCCCAGGCACUGGCGCUCGUGGAAAAGGUGCUGUCCGUGUAUGGUCGCGACACCCCUGUGCUUCUCACAGGUCACAGCCUAGGAGGAGGCCUGGCAGUGCUUGCCUCUGCUGCCUUCUCCUCUGCCCCGCUUCCCCUCUCCACCACACCAUCUCUCUCCUCCCGUGCUCUCACUGCCACUUCUGCUGCUACUGCUGCUGCUACUGCUGCUGCUGCUGCUGCUGCUGCUGCUGCUGCUGCUGCUGCUGCUGCUGCUGCUGAUAAAGACGCUCUCUUCUCGGGGUCUCUCGUGUUGCCGGUGCUUGCCUUCUCGGCAGCUGGAGCACGCAGUGCAGCACAGCGGCGGCAUCUGACCUUUGCUGCAGAGGCUAGUCACCUGGCGUACAGCAUCGCUGACGUCUGGGAUCCGCUCAUUCAGCUGGCGCCCCACCAGCAGCUCGGCGCGCUCUGCCUCUACCGCUCCCCAGAGCCGCCUCCCUGCCUCGCCUGCUAUGGCAACGGCUCCCUGCCCUCCUCCACGCGCCGUGAUGCUCAUGCUGAUAGUGGUGAUGCUGCUGAUGAAGAAGAGGGCAUGGUGAGAGGGGGUGAUCAGUGCUGCAUUGUGUGUAUGCCAAGCCAAGCUGCCAUGGCGAUUGUGGUUGCAUGUACUUCUAGCACAGUGUAUCAUGCACUCACCUUCCAUUUCGCCUUCUCAGUAGGAGCUGGUGGUUCGCGGGGGGGUCGUGACGCACAUACCACACAUUCCUCUGGUGCUGCUGCCGCUGGCGAUUCUGCAGGGACCAACAGCAGUGGCAGCAGUGGCAGCGGCAGGGGCGAGGAUGGAGAGGCGGUGAAGGCUGCAGUUCUGCAGGCUGCUUUGACCCAUGUGCCCACGCUAGGGUGGAGCAGUGCGGCGCUAAUAGCGGGCGCCAGAGACAACGGCCUCUCGCCCUCCGUACUGGGAAUGCUUCCCCGGGGGGAGGCGCACCUGGUGGAGUUCUUCAUGGACCGGUGUCGCAGGCAGUUUGAGGCGGAGUUCCCCCACACGCCCAUCGCUGUUGCCACUGUCGCUCCCGGCACCACCCCGCACACCCACAGCAGCAGCAGCGGCAGUGGAGGGCAGGCGUGCGGGGGCAGGUACGAGGAGGGGGACUCGUUGGCGCUGCAAAGCCGCAUGGCGGCUGCUAUUCGCAUGCGCCUGCGCCUGCAGGCGCCCUGCACGUCCUCCUGGGCGCAGGCGCUCGCCAUCCAGGCGCGGCCGUCCAACGCGUGCGAAUCAUUGCGGCAGCGGAGGCAGCUGGCAGCGAGCAUGUGGAGUGCGGUGGGCGUGCGGUGCAGCGACGCUCAUCUGCUGGCAUACCGCGUGCUGCUUGGCUCUGCCUAUGCUGCUGCGGAGGUCCACAUGCUCACUGAUUUCUCGCCAGACUUCCAUGACACGUGGCGGUUUGUGGACCGUGAGAUGCAGGCAGCGUUUCAAAUACAGGGGUCGGCAGACAGACUCGUGGUGAGCUUGCUGUGCUGCUGCAUGUGUGCGCGUAUGCGCGUGUUGAUAGAAUUCAAGAGUAGUUGA